CGUGUCACAUUCCCCCAAUCAAUCUUCACAAAGCUCAGCUGCUCACUUCCCAUAAAAGCGAUAGCAGCUGAGAGGCUUUCCUGUGGCGCCACAAACAGCUCCUCUCAAAUGGCCUCUGCUCAAAUCUCCGCCUCUCUCUCCCUUUCCUUCCGCGAUGUUUAUGCUCUUAGCUCAGCCAUGGCCAAAGCUCCUGCUGCAACUCCUCGGCUUCCUCUUUCCAAGUUUUCACUACGUGGGUCAUCCUUCACCACCGGUUCUCCGCUUUUGAUACGAAGAACUUAUUGUCAAAAGAGGAUUGCAUACAAAGCUAGGUCCGUUUCCAUAAGAUGUGAGCAAGGUACCCAGGACAACAGUUUGGAUGUAUGGCUAGGCCGGCUUGCAAUGGUUGGCUUUGCAGUGGCUAUUACUGUUGAGAUAGCGACUGGCAAGGGACUUCUGGAGAAUUUUGGGCUCACAAGUCCCCUGCCUACAGUAGCCUUGGCAGUUACAGGAUUGGUGGGCGUUUUGACAGCAAUUUUUAUCUUCCAGUCUGCUUCAAAAGCAACCAAUGGCAACCAUCCUCAUUUCUGUCUCUUUAGAUACACCACGUUAUAUAUAUGCAGAUGGAACCAUCUUCCAAACUGCUACACAAUGAAGACUGCCAUGUCACAGGUGAUGAUGUGUAUUGGCUGCAUUUGUCAUGGACCAGGUUUUAACGUGGAGACAGUUGAGUACAAAAACAUUAACUUCACUGUCUGGGAUUUGGGAGGACAAGAUAAGAUUCGAGCUUUGUGGAGACAUUACUUUCAAAAUAUUCAAGGACUAGUCUUUGUCGUGGACAGCAAUGAUAGAGAGAGAAUUUCGGAAGCCCGCAAUGAGCUGCAUCGUAUUCUCGGCGAGUUUGAACUGCGGAAUGCCAUUCUUCUUGUCUUUGCCAAUAAGCAGGACCUUCCAAAUUCUCUGGGUGUUGCUGAGGUUGCGGACAAACUUGGCCUACACACACUCCAUCAGCGACGUUGGUACAUCCAGAGUACUUCUGCCAUCGCCGGCCAAGGGCUACACGAAGGUCUUGAUUGGCUAUCCAGCAACUUCUCUAGCAAGGCUUCAUGAUAUAUGUCUCUUACAAAAUACUCAGUGGAUGAGUGGAACGAGAACACAAUUUUUUUGGAAACCCUCAUAAAGGAAGGCUCAGUGGAGAGUUGGUUUCUCCUGACCAUAUCCAAAAUUUAGUAUAUAGGAUAAAAUAUGAAGAAAACAAAACUCAAGGCAUAUUA